GUUUCCGUGAUUUUUGCCACCCCGCUCCGCCACCGACGCGGCCGCUCCGGCCGCGACACAAAUCUGCCACGCGACAGCAGCGAGGUUGCGGGGUCAGGCGGCUCCGCUACAGAGCGCCGCGAUAGCGGCCGCUCUGCCCGCUAUUGACUACUUCAUACAUGUGAUUGUGCUUGACAUUUUCCCCUAAACUUAAUCUAGGUUUUUGCUGAAUUGCAAAAGGCAAAGGAAGAGAUUGAAAAUUUGAAAGAGGAAGCACUUGCCAACAAAACUCACAUGCUGCAGUAUAAGAGCAUCUCUGAGGCAAAUGAAGAUGCUCUGAAACAGAUAGAAAAGGCUCAUGAAAAUUUUAAAACCGAGGCUGACAAUGCAAAGAAAGUUCUAGAAUCUGAACUAAAUUCACUUAGAGAGAAGAUGUUAGAGAUUGAAAAAGAAUCUUGUUUGAAAUAUGAAGAAGUUGCUUCAGAAACUGUGGGAAAGGAUGAGGCUCUUACAUCUGCUAUGGCUGAAAUCACAAAUCUUAAAGAAGAAAUUUUAACUAAAUCUUCUCAAAUUUCAGAAAUGGAAAUUCAGAUCUCGGGUUUGAAAGAAAACCUGGAGAUGGAGCAUCAGAAAUGGCGGGCAGCUCAAACCAAUUAUGAAAGACAGGUACAUGUUCUUGAUAUAGCUGUCUGA